AUGUGUUUGCUUCAACAUCCACUUCAUCUUGUUGUGAGAAAAGGAGAUGUGGAACUUUUGACAUAGUUCCUCUUGGCAUGUCCCGAAAGCAUCAGAGACGUGACCGUGAAGGGUGAGACUGUUCUCCACAUUGCGGUGAUGAACGACCGAUACGAAGAGCUCAAAGUUCUCAUAGGAUGGGUCCAGAGAAUGAACCGAAAAGAUUCUGCUUUGCUCGAGAUUCAAGUUCUGAACAGACGAGAUAUCGACGGUAACACUGCUUUGCACCUCGCAGCUUAUGAGGAUAAGCAGCAGGCACGUUCGAUCUUUCUUUCCCCAGCAUCAAAAUCUUGCAGCAAAUACCAAUUCUUCAGUCCCCGAGUUUCUGAUCGUUGUUUUCUUGAAGAUUCUAUGCAGGAAGUAAGAUUGUUGCUAGGAUGUGUUAGCGGAUAAUACACGAGUAUCCAAUUUCGGGAC